AUGAGCCAAAUCUUGACCUCCCGGCAGGCUGAAGAGCUGCACAAGGCCAUUAUCGCGUACCUCUCCUCAAGCAACCUCCCGAAUGCCGCCAACGCCCUGAGGGAGGAGCUGCAGAUCGGCGAGGCCUUCGACGCCGCAACUUCCAAGAAAUACGAGGGUCUCCUGGAGAAGAAAUGGACCAGUGUCGUGAGGCUACAAAAAAAGAUAAUGGAACUAGAGUCCCGAACUGCCUCCUUGCAAUCAGAAAUCGACAACGCGACGCCGACCUCUCUGUCUCGACGAAAUCAAGAUCCUGCCAGCUGGCUUCCACGUUCUCCUGCUCGACACACCCUCCAAUCCCACCGAGACCCCAUCACUUGCGUCGCCUUCCAUCCCGUCUUCUCGUCUCUGGCGUCGGGGUCGGAAGACUACACCAUCAAAAUCUGGGACUGGGAACUGGGCGAGCUGGAGAGAACUAUCAAGGGUCAUACCAAAGCCGUGCUGGAUGUCGAUUUUGGAGGUCCCCGGGGUGCCACGUUGCUGGCUUCUUGUUCCAGCGACUUGACGAUUAAGCUUUGGGACCCUUCAGACGAGUACAAAAACAUCCGAACGUUGCCCGGGCAUGAUCAUAGUGUCAGUGCGGUCAGGUUUAUUCCAUCGGGAGCUGCAGGCGCUGGGAGCUCAGGAAAUCUCCUCGUUUCCGCCAGUCGCGACAAAACGCUGCGCAUCUGGGACGUUUCCACCGGGUACUGCGUCAAGACACUAAGGGGACACGCCGAUUGGGUUCGCGAUGUUUGCCCUUCGCCCGACGGGCGUUUCCUCCUCUCGGCCGGGAACGAUCAAACUGGACGUCUCUGGGAUAUCAGCGCUGCCAAUCCCGAGGUGAAGCUGAUGCUCGUCGGUCACGAGCACGUCGUCGAAUGUUGCACGCUCGCACCACCUGCCGCUUACUCCCACCUGGCUACUCUCGCGGGCCUGAAGAAGCCACCACCGGCGACCAGCUCGGCCGAAUUUAUGGCGACAGGCAGUCGAGACAAGGCCAUUCGUCUCUGGGACGCCAGAGGGAAUUGCAUCAAGACACUGACUGGCCACGACAACUGGGUACGCGCUCUCGUGUUCCACCCCGGCGGCAAAUACCUCCUCAGUGUAUCCGACGAUAAGACAUUACGAUGCUGGGAUCUCGCACAGGAAGGCAAGUGCGUCAAGGUACUUGACGACGUACAUGGGCACUUUGUCUCAUGCUUGCGAUGGGCGCCAGGUAUUGUCCGCGAGGCGGUCACCAACGGUGAUGGACAGAACGGCGCCAACGGAACCCCGAGCAAGACGGCGGCAAAGCCAGCAGAAGUAUCAAUCCGAUGUGUUAUUGCGACAGGCAGUGUCGAUCUGAACGUCCGCAUUUUCGCCAACUGA